AGUGCUCAUGCACUGAAAUCAAGCGUACCCGGAAAGCAUGACUUUCAUUUUUGUAUUUGUAAGCUUUUACUUUUUAAAAGUUGCCUCCCGACACCUGACGCAAAUCCAGUAAACCCCGGAUACGAAACAUUGGUCCUGACAGGUACGAUGGAGAACUGCUGUGGUCUGCUAACCUCUAAAAAGGAACCAGUUCCUCUGAAGAGUGUGGAGGUGGAGCUGGAGGUGAGGGACCAUGUGGCUACAGUGGUGUCCACUCUGAUCUAUGAGAACAAGGAGGACAAACCACUGGAGGCUGUGUUUGUCUUCCCUAUGCCUGGAGACGCUGCUGUCUGUCAUUUCAGUGCUACGAUUGGACAGACACAGAUCGUGGCUGAGGUGAAGGAGAAACAGAAGGCUCGUGAGGAGUACGAUGACGCUCUGAGCUCCGGUCAGCAGGCCUUCCUGUUGGAGGAGAGUGAUCAGAGUCCAGAUAUUUUCUCUCUGAGUGUGGGCAGUCUGCCUCCAGGAGAGAGCGCUUCCAUCAGGCUGGAGUACGUCACUGAGCUGGCUGUGCAGGCUGAUGAAGGGCUGAGGUUUGUUCUGCCUGCUGUGCUCAACCCUCGCUACCAUCCACAGGGUAGUGAAGGUGUCCAGGUGACCUCUGUUCCCGCCUCUCUGGUGCCCUACAGUCUGUUUUUCUCUGCCCGAGUGUCCUCUCCUCGUCCGGUCUCUAAAGUAGAGUCCAACUGUCCCAUGGACCCUCUGAAGUAUCUGAACACAGAGCAGAGCCAGGCCAUGGUCAAGCUGGCUGCAGGACACAAGUUUGACAAAGAUGUUGAACUUCUGAUUUAUUACAAAGAUGCCCACCAGCCCACAGCUGUGGUGGAGGCAGGACAGACCUCCGCCAAGCCUGGCACUCUGAUGGGGGAUCCAGUGGUGAUGCUGAGUCUGUACCCUGAGUUCCCCCAGGCUGUGAUGUCUUCACUCUCCUCAUGUGGAGAGUUUGUGUUCUUAUUGGAUCGAUCUGGCAGCAUGGGUGUCCCUCUGAACAACAACGAGGGUUCACAGACUCGCAUUGGCAGUGCCAGGGAUACUCUGCUGCUCCUCUUGAAGAGUAUACCAAUGGGCUGCUAUUUCAACAUCUACAGUUUCGGGUCAAGCUAUGAACACAUCUUCCCUAAGAGUGUGGAGUACAGUGAGAAGACCAUGGAAGAGGCUCUGAAGAAGGUUGAAUUCAUGGAAGAUGAUCUGGGAGGAACUGAGAUCCUUGAGGCCCUCAAGCACAUUUACAGCCAGGCCUGCAUUCCCAAUCAAUCUCGACAACUAUUUGUCUUCACUGACGGAGAAGUGGGGAACACCAAAGAAGUAAUCAAUCUGGUGAAGAAUAAUUCAGGUUCCCACAGGUGUUUCUCUUUCGGGAUUGGGGAAGGGGCCAGCUCCGCUCUUAUCAAUGGGUUGGCCAAAGAAGGAGGAGGUUACGCUCAGUUCAUCACAGGCAUUGACAGGAUGCAACCCAAAGUGAUGCAGUCGCUGCGUUUUGCUCUACAACCAGCUGUGGUGGAUAUCUCAGUGAAGUGGGAUUUUCCAAAGGGAGUCUCUGUCACUGUUCUCUCACCACCAAUCACAACACUUUUCCAGGGUCAAAGGUCACUGAUUUAUGCCCAGCUCACUGGACAGAGUCCAAAGGCAGCAGAGGGCUCUGUGACGGUGAAGUACAGCCUGGCAGGCCAUCCCUCUCAGAACAAGUUCCACUUCAGCCUCAAACCUGCAGAGGACUCUGGAUUAACGGUGCACAGGUUGGCUGCUCGGACUCUGAUUCGCUCCCUGGAGAUGGUGGAGGAAGAAGAGAGAGAAGGAGGAGAGCCAGAUGGAGUGAAGAAGAAGAAGGUGGUGGAGCUCAGCGUCCAAUCAGGAGUGAGCAGCGCCUUCACUGCCUUCAUUGCUGUCAACAAAGGCAACGGAGAGACGAUUCAAGGACCCCUGGUGCGCCGAAAUGUUCCAACAUCCAUGAUGAUGGGCUGUCCUAUGCCAUGCAUGAUGAUGAUGUCCCAUAGUCCUGCGGCUGGAGGGUUCUCGGGGGGUGUCCAUGUUAUGCAAUCAGCUGCAUUCAAUAUUCCGAUUGACGGACUUCUAACGGCAGACAGUUUAGAAGAAGAUACAGUGUAUGAAGGAUAUCAAAUGGCAGACGAUUAUGAACAACAAGAUAUGUAUGAUGAUCCUCCAGAGGCAAAGCCUGAGCUGCCUCGCAGAGACCCUCUGCUGCAGCUGGUCUCUCUCCAGAGGGCGUCGGGUCGGUGGGAGCUGGAUCCGGCCGUGGCUGCUGCGCUGGGAAAGACCAGCGAGGAGGUGGAGAACACCCAACCUUCAGAGGUGAACAAGGAAGUGUGGGCCACCAUUCUGGCUCUGAUCUGGCUUCAUGGUUUCAAGAUGGAUGCUCAGGAGGAGUGGGAGCUUCUGGCUAUGAAGGCUGUGUCAUGGCUGCGUGCUCAGAACGCACCUCAUGUGACGCAGUGUGUGGAGGCUGGAAACACUCUGCUGGGUUGUAAGGUGCAGAAAGAUGCCCUGGGAAUCUAAGGUUUUCAUUCAAGCAACUUCUCCUUCAGGAUUGUUACCAGCAAGCAGAUUUACUGGCAUUCAAAUACCUUUUCUUUAUUUUGCUAUCAGUGCACUUCACUAUUUACAUUUCAUCAUACAUUAUUUUCUUGCCAAACUGUAGAAAUGGCUUAAACCUAAGUGGAUGUAAGCUUGCCUCUCCCUCAUCUGUCUUAAAUCACUCUCCUUUUAAUAUGAAGUGCACUGCAUCAAUUUCAGUCAGAUUCAUAGAUGCAAAAAGUACAAUUGUUGUUGAUCAAGCUAAAUUAUGAUUAAGAAGAGUUCAAUUGAUCACCACAUUGAGGUAAUAAUACAUGAGUAAACCAGUGAGUGUCUUUGGACACAGUAUCCUCAUAAAGGGAUUAUUUCAUCAUGUUUUUAAAAAGCUGAACUAUUUUACUGCUUGUCUGUUUAUAGUUUGUACUAAAUACUAUACGAGUACUACCAUAGGCUCAAAACAUAUGUUGAGGCUUUGUCCUUCAAACCAAGGGAUAGUUUUUGAGCAUUCAACAAAAUGAUUUCCUGUUGUACGUCCUUUCUCAGCCUUAUUUGAGUUGCUAACAAUAUAACCAUUUACUGUAUCCAUGUUACAUGCAAUGACAAAUAUGGGGUGUGCUAAGUAUUUCCUUCAAAUCUAAUAAAAACACUACAAAUGGGC